AGCCAUGGAGGGAGAUCAAGAUCGGGAGCUUCUGUCCGAUUCAGAUCCGCCGUCUCCGUCUCUCUCCCCGCCGCCGCGGCCGCUCUCGCUCGCCUCCUUCGACCGAGAGAAGCACGUGAAGUUCCUCGAGAUGAUGUACCACAUGCUUCCGUUCCACUACCAGUCCCAGGAGAUCAACCACCUCACUCUCGCCUACUUCGUAAUCUCCGGCCUCGACAUUCUCGACGCCCUCGAUCGUGUACACAAAGAUGCGGUUGCUGGCUGGGUUUUAUCUUUUCAAGCUCAUCCGAGGAGUAAAUCUGAUCUAGGCAAUGGACAAUUUUAUGGGUUUCAUGGUUCGAGAAGCUCUCAGUUCCCUUCAAAAGAUAAUGCGAUUUUUAUUCAAAAUGGAAGUCAUUUGGCAAGCACAUACUGUGCCCUGGCCAUACUGAAAAUUGUUGGCUACAAUUUAUCAAACAUCGAUUCUGCAUCCAUGUUAACAUCAAUGAGAAGUCUUCAACAGUCUGAUGGAAGCUUUAUGCCCAUUCAUAUUGGGGCAGAAAGAGAUCUUCGUUUUUUAUAUUGUGCUGCGGCCAUUUGCUUUAUGUUGAAUAACUGGAAUGGCAUGGACAGGGAGAAAGCUAAAGAGUAUAUAUUAAAUUGUCAGUCAUAUGAUGGUGGCUUUGGGUUGACUCCUGGCUCAGAAUCUCAUGGUGGUGCUGCAUAUUGUGCCAUUGCAUCUCUACGAUUAAUGGGAUUCAUUGGAGAUGAUUGUUUGUCUAAUGCCUCUGCACUCAGUUCAAAAGCAAACAUACAGUCGCUACUCGAUUGGAGCUUGCAGAGGCAGGUUGCUGAUGGUGGAAUUCAAGGUAGACCCAAUAAGGCUAGUGAUACAUGUUAUGCCUUCUGGAUUGGAGCAACGAUGGGGACUCUAGGGGCAAACAAAUUUAUUGAUGAGAGAGGAUUGAGAAGCUUUCUGUUGACUUGUCAAUCUGAGUAUGGUGGGUUCGGUAAGUUCCCCAAAGAGCUACCAGAUCUGUAUCACUCUUACUAUGGAUUAGCUGCAUUCAGUAUCCUGGGUGAAGCUGGACUAAAGCCGCUCUGUCUGGAACUUGGACUGACAGAAGGUGCUGCAACGGGUCUCUGAUUGACUUCGUCAUCGGUUAGAAUCACUCUGGCCACACACAAUGGUCAUAACUGGUGCUCCCAGUUGUCUGUAUGGUCAUGCCACCAUUUGUUGACAUUGCUCUCUAGGAAUGUGAGUUUGUUGAACUUUAGCCGUUGUUUUGGUGUCUGAAUAUGAUGUUCUUCGGGGAGAUACUUUAUUUCUUCUUCUGCUGGAAUUAUUAUACAAGAGCAGGUUUAUAGUGGCGAUCUGUUGUGCCGAUUAUCAUCAAUUCCAAAGUUGGCAUGGUCCUCAUGUUCCAAAAAGGAUUCUCUUUGCUGUGCCAAUUCAAUCACGAGGAAAUUCGCAGCAUCGAAGUCGGUGGAGUUUCCGA